CAUCAUUACAUUCGUUCAAGGGUGACAGCCUCGCCCAGCACAGCACAGCACAGCACACAAGAAAGUUCGUCAUCAAUUCAUUUCCCAAUCCCCCCAACGGUCGUUACUUCAAUUUUAUAUCACACGCCUGCUCCAUCGCGGCGUACAAAAACCCCCCAUCGCAGCUACAUUAUAACCACACCAUAACUACCCCUUGCAUCAAAAAGGACCCCUCGUUCAGCCACGACACCCCCUUCCUUCGUUUCGCCGCGGGCGACCCGCUCCAACCAACCCAAUGCUCCUCCCUAAAGGCGGCGCGACGACGACGUGGAAGUCGGCGCGCUCCCGCUUCCCGCCCUCGCGCGCGGUGUGGGUGUUUGUUACGAGGACGAGGUUUCUGCUUGGAGUUGCGCUGUUUGGGGUUGUGCUUUUGACAUGGAGGAGUAUUCGGGCUUCGGCGGCGGAUAUGCAGAGGUUUUACUGCUGGGGACCGUCCAAGUCGCCCAUGGACAUGUCGUCGAACGAGUACAGCGAGUGGACACGCAACCUCCAGACGCCGGUGCUGUUUAACCACCACGCCCCCAUCACCAUCAACUCCUCCACCAUCCAACGCAUCGACAUGAACACCUUCACCUCCACCCCCACCGCAGCCGCCAACAACGAGCGCGUCCUCCUCCUCACGCCCCUCCGCGACGCCUCCGCCUACCUCAGCAAAUACUUCGACCUCAUCUCCCAACUCACCUACCCCCACCACCUCAUCGACCUCGGCUUCCUCGUCGGCGACUCUACAGACGACACCCUCGCCGUUCUCUCCAAGGAGCUGGAACGCAUCCAGAAGCACCAGGACAGCGUGUCCUUCAACAGCGUGACGAUCAUCGAGAAGGACUUCGGCGCCGAUGAGAUAGUAGGCAUGGACGUCGCCGACCGACAUGGGUUCGAGGCGCAGGCGCCGCGGCGGAAGUCGAUGGCGCGGGCGCGCAACUACCUGCUGUAUGCGACGAUGAAACCCGAGCAUUCGUGGGUGUACUGGCGGGACGCGGAUAUUGUGGAGAGCGCGCCGGAGAUCCUGGAGGACCUGAUUGCGCAUGACAAGGAUGUGAUUGUGCCGAAUAUCUGGUUCCAUCGGUAUAAGGAGGUGGAUGGGAAGAUGGUGGAUGUGGAGGGAAGGUUUGAUUAUAAUUCGUGGAUUGAGACGGAUAAGGGGAGGAAGCUGGCGGCGAAGUUGGCGAAGGAUGAUAUUCUUGUGGAAGGUUACAAGGACCAUUAUGAUACUGGCAGGCGGUAUAUGACGACAGAAGGCGACUAUCGCGAAGACAAGGACGUCGAGUGGCAGCUCGAUGGCAUUGGAGGCGUCAAUAUUGUCGUCAAAGCUGAUGUCCACAAGUCUGGCAUCAACUUCCCCUGCUACGCCUUCGAAAACCAAGCCGAGACAGAGGGCUUCGCAAAGAUGGCUAAGCGCGCGAAAUACGAAGUCGUCGGCCUCCCCAACUACGUCGUCUGGCACAUCGACACGGAGGAGAAGCCGCGCUAAUACUUUUUUUAUUCUUCUUCGUCUUUUAUUUUACUUUUAAUCCGGGG